AUGGCUGAUGAUGGAGAAAACGUGGCGGUGAUGACCGUAAAAGAACCUCUGGACUUGAUAAGGCUUAGUUUGGACGAAAGGAUUUAUGUCAAAAUGCGCAAUGAACGCGAAUUACGAGGAAGAUUGCACGCUUAUGAUCAACAUUUAAAUAUGGUCCUUGGAGAUGCAGAAGAGACUAUUACAACAGUAGAGAUUGAUGAAGAAACAUAUGAAGAAGUUUAUAGAAGUACAAAAAGAAAUAUACCAAUGUUGUUUGUAAGAGGUGAUGGAGUAAUCUUAGUUUCACCACCUGUUAGGGUUGGAGCUUAG